AUGCGUGUUCUAGUACUUCCCUCCGUGUUACACAGUGGGCAAAUCCAUUCCAUAGACGUCAACAAGAAUAAUAGCAAAAUAUUGACCAGUGGACUAGACAAAGAGAUCAAUGUAUGGAGUUUACAAGAAUUUAUACGAUUAAAUACGGAAGAAAAUGAUAAGAUCAAAGAGAAUUUAGGAAAGAUCGAACCGCUAGCACGUAUUACAGUCCAUGAAGAUCUUGUUAACAUUGUCAAAUGGUGUCCUCAAAAUGAGCAUGUAUUUGCUUCUGGGGAUGUUCAAGGGAAGGUGUACAUGCAUGAUAUUUCAAAAGAUACAAAUGAGUUGAUUUUUCCAUUUGGACUGAAAGAAGAAAGAACCUCAAGAGUGGUGGAUUUAUCCUGGUCGAAUGACGGUAGGUUGUUGGCGUGGAGUACUGCUGAUAGUAAGAUACAUAUAUAUGAUACGGAGAAAGCCACGUACCAAGACCUUACAUCUUUAUCGAACCUCGAAAAGCUAACUGUACAAAGAAGCAUUGCUUUUGAUCCUACUAAUAGUUAUUUAAUUUCUAUGGGAGAUGACACACUGAUAUACUUAUAUCAAUAUCAAUACGAGGCGACAACUGGAAAUUAUCAAUUUCGCUUGAUCAAUAGAAUAUCGAAAUUGAUCAAUAAGACUUCCUUGAAUGUUGAUUACAAGCGCAUUUCAUGGUCGCCUGAUGGAGAGUAUGUUUCGGUACCAACAGCAUCCAAAAACCAGACAUCGCUUAUUUCGUUGUUGUCACGUUCUAAUGGAUGGAAUAACAUAUUAAGUUUGGUAGGCCAUAACUUGGACUGUGAAGUUGUACAAUACAGUCCAAAAAUUUAUAAUUAUAGCGAUAAUACUGAAAAUCCAAAAUUAUUUAAUGUGAUUGCUACAGCAGGUUCUGAUAUGACAUUAGUGGUAUGGAAUACUACUAAAGAUAAGCCAAUAUUUAUACUAAAAGAAGUAUCCAAGAAACCAAUAGUAGAUCUUUGUUGGGAUAAAACGGGUAGCUCUUUGUUUGUAGCAUCCUUGGAUGGCCACUUAAGUAUUAUUUCUUUUCAACCGCAAGAAUUGGGUAAUACUAUUUCGGAUGAGUUAUGGGAAAAAUUAUUUGAGAUGGGUAAAGGAAGCAUCAAGCCAUUUAAUGAAAAGUCCGAGCAAGAUUCAACAGCUAGUACUAAGAAGGGUAGUCAUAAUACAAUAGAUAUCCUCGAUCAAAAGAACUCCGUUAAUGUGGAAGAAGCGAAAGCAAAAAUCAUAACCGAUGGUGCUAACGACUCGUCUAGUGUAACUCCAGAAGAGGAUCAUAUUGAUACAGAAACAUCAAAGCAAGAUUCACAGAUAAAUGAUAAACAAGUUACAAAUUUUGUACCUGAUAUUAUACCCGCAAUCAUUGAGGAUGCACCUAAAACCCAGGACAUAUUACAUUCAGCGAUGAAUACAACUAGAAUCUCCAAACCUCAAAAAAAUGUCAAAGAAAAGUCAACAAAAGUGGCGCUGGAGAAAGCAAAAAUAACAACUAAGAAUGGGAAGAAAAGAAUUCAACCAAUGCUAAUUUCUUCUACGAAUGAAAAUAAUAGCAAUAUUGCUGUAAAAAAAGCAGUAAUACCAGAGUCAAAUGGAUCAUCUAGCUUGAUGUCUUCAGGGAAGGUAUUGAUGGAAUUUGAUAAACCGUCGUAUUCUGUAUCGGAUGAUUUAUACAAACAAAACAAAAGAACUAAAGUUCAAGAUGAAAACUCCACGAAAAAGCUUAAGCGUGAAUUGGAACCUGUAAAGUUUAUUGGGUCAGUAAUUGUGAAUCCUAGUACUACUUUUGCAAGAAUAAGACUUUCUAUUCCAAAAGUUCGCUUAAAUUUUCAAUUAUCAAGCACCGGAGAAGAGAAUUGUGUUUUUGAUGUUAAAAACGGUUUGGGAAAUGAAACAAAACCAUCUCGUAUAACAUUCUUCAAGAAGGAGAAACAAAUUUGGUGUGAUUUUAUUCCACGUUUCGUUCAACUUGUCACAGAGGGAUCGGUAUUUUGGGCAGUUAGUACUGCUGAUGGCCAAAUCCUUACUUACUCUCGUACUUCUGGUAAGAAGUUAUUACCUCCAAUUAUACUUGGAUCCCCUUUAUCAUUUUUGGAAAGUCAUGGGAAGUUUUUAAUGGCUGUUACUUCGAUUGGUGAACUAUUUGUUUGGGACAUUGAGCAGAGAAAGAUUCAUUUACAAUCAAACCUGUCUUUAAGCGCAUUACUCGAUUUAUCGAAUAAAUAUCAAGAGGAUGGUUUAUCCAAAUCUGACAAUAUAACAAUGUGUUCAAUAACUAACAAUGGUAUACCUUUGCUCACAUUAUCUAAUGGCACAGGCUAUUUAUUUAAUAGAGAUUUGGGUGUUUGGCAAACUAUUUCUGAGUCUUGGUGGGCUUUUGGGUCUCAUUAUUGGGAUUCUUUAGGUAACGAUGAUGGAUCAAAACCUCAAUCAUAUGGUCUCUUUGGUGACAGUAAUGAUUCUUCUAUAGUCGGACUAUUAGAACAGAAAACAAAUGAACUGAUUUUGAGGAAGACAAGGGCUGGAAGAGGUAAAUAUUUUAAUAAAAUUUCUAAAAAUAUGCUUAUGAAAGAAGGAUUUGAAAACUUAGAAAAUACUAUUUCGUUAAGUCAUUUGGAAAACAGAAUAUUAUGCUGUGAGUUAUUGGGCGAAUUCAAAGAUUUUCAUGAUUUUUUUAUAAUCUAUGUUAAAAGAAUAUGUGAGUUGGGAUUUAAAGCUAAAUUAUUUGAAGUCUGUGACCAAUUACUUGGUCCUUCAGAAUUAAAUAGUACCAUUACUGGAGAAAGUGAAAUGAAAUGGAGUCCGGAAAUUUGUGGGCUCAAAAAGCAUGAUUUAUUAAAAGAAGUGAUACUUUCUUGCGCAAAAAAUAGAGACUGUCAAAGAAUUUUGAUACAUUUUGGCAAGAAAAUAGGUGUGGUUGAUAUUGAGGAGUUUGAUUAA